UAGGUUUAACAUCCCUUGUUGAGUAAGCGCUGUUGUGUGUGCACCGGUACAACUGGAAUAAAGUAAAUAAAGGUUACUAAAGAUUGGUUCAGUAACUCAAUUUAUUAUUUCAAACUUAAAGGUUCUAACAUUCAGCUUGUUCACUUAACGAGGAAAAAAACGCUUUAAACAGUUGUACCUAUAGGUCAAUUUAUUUUAUCGUGAAUAAAUCUUUUAGUUACCUAUUAGCUUUAAUAGUAUUGAAAAACAGUGAUCUUAUAGCAAUUUUUCUAACUAUCAAUCCUGAAAUUUUAUUUCGAUUCGGACAACAUUUCUUUAAUUUGCCGUUCAUUUUAAAAGUUACUUACUGACUUCAACGAUUACUGUGCAAGAGAUUAGUUUUAGCUGAACGCUAAAUUAUGGACUUACCGCCAGCUGAAGACUUGAACGAAUUGCUACUUGUCGAAACUCCACCUGCCAGCCAUCCAACCCAAAACAACCGAAACGGCAACCUCGCGGACCAAACAAGGCAAAUCAGCGAUGGCAAAGGCGAACCGGCUGGUAAUCCUAUUGGUUGGCUACAAGAAAUGUGUAUGGCACACCGUUGGCCUAUGCCAAUCUACGAAACCGAAAUGGAAGUCGGUUUCCCACAUCAGUGUCAGUUUACAAUUGCUUGCGCUGUUUUGAAAUAUCGUGAGGUGGGAAAGGGUAGUAGUAAAAAGAUCGCUAAAACCCAGGCGGCGCAGAAAAUGUGGCAGAGAUUGCAGGAUCAACCACUUAGGUCGAGAGACACUCCGCAGGUGCUUAACGGAGAAGGCAAUGAAGAGGAUGAAAACCACCAAACUGCUAGGGCUGUAACCGACAAGUUUAGCAGAAUUUCGCUUAGUGACCACCCGUCUGGAGGAUUAAGCGUUAAGACUGAGCAAAUCGGUGAUGGCGAAGACGAACCGACUGGUAACCCUAUUGGUUGGCUACAAGAGAUGUGUAUGGCUCGCCGUUGGCCUCCGCCAACCUACGAAACGGAAAUGGAAGUCGGUUUGCCACAUGAGCGUCAGUUUACCAUUGCUUGCGCUGUUCUGACGAAUCGUGAGUUGGGCAAGGGUAAUAGUAAAAAGAUCGCUAAACGCCGGGCAGCGCAGAGGAUGUGGCAGACAUUGCAGGAUCAAGCACUGAAGCUGAGUAAAACUGUGCAUGUGCUUGACGAGGAAGGCAACGAAAAGGAGGAAAAACAUGCAGCCUCUAAAACCCAAAUCGACAAGUUGAGUAGCGUUUCGCUCGGUGACCCCCCAGCAAGAAGAUCAAGCGUUAAAGUUGAGCAAAUCGACGAAAGCAAGUACGAACCGACUGGUAACCCUAUUGGUUGGCUACAAGAGAUGUGUGUGGCUCGCCGUUGGCCUCCGCCAAUCUACGAAACGGAAAUGGAAGGUGGUUUGCCACAUCAACGUCAGUUUGCCAUUGUUUGCGCUGUUUCUAAAUAUCGUGAAGUGGGCAGGGGUAAUAGUAAAAAGAUCGCCAAACACCAGGCAGCGCAGAGGAUGUGGCAGAGAUUACAGGUUCAACCACUUGAGCCGAGAGUAACUGCGCAGGUGCUUGACGACGAAAGGAAAGAAGAGUUAUCGCAGAUGCCCGAAGCCGAGUGCCACGACACCGGAACUACGGCCGAGAUCCAAUCGGGUGCUGCAAGAAUUUAAUGACGUUAAUAUUCCUUAAACACAAUUUUUACUUCGUUUAUUUGUCGAAACACCGCUAUGGAUUGUGUUCCGAAACAGUGAGCAAUAUUCAAUGUAUUUUCUACAAAAUUUUAUUUGUUAGGAAAAGUUUUUCCGUUACAACCUCCCGAUCAACCACACUUUAUGCACCUUUAUGAAACGACAACAACUGAAAUCAAUCGAUAUAGGUUCAAAACUAAUCGAUAGCGAUUGUUCUCGUUUCAUGAAGAAACUUAAAGAGUGGUUGGUCGGGCUUUAUAAAUAUACGAGAGAUACUGGCAACAAGGCCAGCUAGAUGAUGUGCGCGGUUUUGCGAUAGGUAUGACUUUAGGAACCAUUCAAAUAUUACAUAACGCGAAAUUUGUCAAUUUUCAAUACCCACCCACCCCCGUGUAACGCAAUUUUACAUGUUUGCCACACGCAAUAUAACGCUUCACUGAAUACCACCCACCCCCGAGCGCGUUAUGUAUUAUUUGAAUGAUCCCUUAGUCAAAAAGUUGUUUUCUCGCGGAAAAUAGUGCGAUUGGUCAAGUUUAUGAGUUCAGGUUCCGUUGCUACCUGGAAACUUAUUUUCGUGGAUCGAAAUAAAAUCGAAAUAAAAUUUCAAUAAAGAAUUAUAUUUAUGUUUACACGUU